UGGCGCCAUCGGGCGGCGGGCGCGCGAACCCGAUAGCCGCCUAGACCCGCGGAACUCGCGAGGACGUUGAUCCUAAUCGCGCCUCCUCGCAAGCAGGGUUGAGUAAGUGAAAUACCCUAGCUAAUUUACGUAGCUUCUUACAGUAAAUUACUAGGUGUUUUACUUAACGCAUUUAACCCUUUACGUAAAUUACACGAACCUGGGACUUUGUUUCCACGGCUCCCGUUCCCGAUACGCUUGAAGUUCAAAACUUCCCGUGGAACGUCUGGAAAGCCGGGACGUCGAGGCCUAGGUCAUUUCAAUGGUUCGCUCCUACUUACGCUUAUUCUUUAUUCUUCUUCUCUGACUAAAAUGUUUAUUCACAAGUGAUGUAUACUGUGAUCGCUUUGAAAAAGUGAGGUUACGGUCCCGCCAUCUUUGUCCCGGAAGUUUUAGGUGUUUUACUUCGGUUUUACGUAAAAGAAAAAGCUUACUUAAGAGAAGGAUUUUCGGGGAAAAAAAACUCGAGUCUCGCGUCACUGCCCAACCCUGCUCGCAAGCUCGCUCGGACGCGAAUCGGAACCGGGCCAAUUUCGGAACGGCUUGCCGCAAGAUUAGACCGCUCGGCGGGGAUGUCAGUACUCGUCGGAGCCGUCGAGUGCCUCGUCGCAUCUCGCCGUGCGCGGCCGUCGGAGUAAUGCGCCUCCUCGCGCGGACUUUUCCGCCUUUUUGGCCGCCGACUCGCGCGACUCGCGCGACUCGCGCGCGCCCCGAUAAACCAGCGCCGAAGUCAAUUGCGCGUAAGAGUAGCUCCGCCGAGAUAAGGUUAUAGCGCGUCUAUGUCGACUCGGUGUGGACGUUUUUUCCACCGCGAAUCUCCGGCGCUCGCCGCGCCGGGCCCCAGUGCAAGCCGGGUUUAUUUAAGACUCUUACGUCGCGGUUAUGCCCGCCACUGUUCGCCGUCGAUAUCGCAAAGUCAUCCUAACUCGUGUGCCGACGCAAGGACGACGCGCGAAAGCGCGAUAUUCGGGCGAAUCGCGCUUCCGGACUCGAACGGGAUUUUGGGCCUCCAAAAUGACCGGUUGGAGCAACCUGCUACUCGUUUAAGAAUAUCCCUUUCGUAUCACCUUAAGGGCGGCUCUUGAGUUAACGAAAACUACGUAUACCCUGUACACUAAAACCAGGUUCCAAAAAAUGAUCUUCGCAAACGUCAACCGUAAGUUUGAAGCAGGGUGAAAAGCGCGGUUCUUGUCGCGAGAAAAAUUUCCCGACAUUCCCCGGGUCGUGAAUAACGUUGACGGGUUUCCGUCUACCCCAGAAGGCGAAUUCCGAAUCGACCGCCAAUCUCGAAGAAAAGUUAUAAUUGAGAAUUCGAACUGCUGACCGAAACCGAGAUUAACGCAUUCUGGAUAUGAAAAUUUGCAAUCCGGUGGCAAAGUCCACGCCAUGCGAGACGGCGAUGCCGUCACCCAAAUCCGAAUCGUUUCCCGAUUUCAGGAUUUGGUACCGUUGAGGGUACUCCAUGCGAUCGAUAGCUCUCAUAAUUUUCCAUUGGGAUUCGCGAGAGGUUUCCAAAAUGCCGAAGGGUACCCGGGACAUUAAUUUGAGGAUUUUGCAAUUUGAAACACCUUCGGAGCUGGCCGAAAUCGGUGGCUUCGGUCAUUACGCACCCGUUACCGGGCAGAACUGCCCGAGGGUCCUAAUCUCCCGAUUACCUAAUAUUUAACGAAUACACGGAUAAAAAAAUGGCCAUAACUCUUUCCGGAUUAAACGCGCCGGGAGAAAUGAUUAAUCGGGACAAAUGAUGUUCUCGGGAAUACGUAACUAGGGACCUCGUCGUUUUGACCGAGGAGCAAGGAGUUCGGCAAUGAACCUACCUAUGAAUAAAUGAGUCCAGGUUUGGCUCGAAUUGGCAGAUCCAAGGCGAGUCGGGGAAGAAUUGAGUUUCUCUUCGCGAGUUCAAUUAAUGCGCGAUAAAUAUCCGGCUGCGAUUAUCGAUAUUUUCUGGGAGGGGGAGUAAAAUACCGAUCCCAGGUCUGCGAGAAGCUGCGCGCUAUCUCGAUACGGUCAAGGCUGAGAGUUUUCGAAAUGUCUGAAACGACUGCCCACUCGGGGGUCAUGAGGAUUAGAAUAUAAAUAUUUUGCCGAGCCGACAUCGGGUUAGAUUGGUUUCUUCCUUUCCUUUUGCUUGCGAAACCACUCUUCCGUCGUAAUUGACCGAUAUGCGACCGCCAUUUCACUACCAAUAGUGCACAACACCGUUACGCGUUGCACCUAGUGAUUCGAAAAAAAAAAACACCGGAAAUAAAGGAAAUAUAAUUAUCUCCACGUUGAUCCGAGUCGUGGCGCCACAUCCCGAUCCUUCUCCGAUUUACCGUCUCUUUUUAUUUUCCUUUCCCUCGUACGUAAACUAGCCGUACGUUUCCAAGUACGAACGGGAACGAUACGAACUUCUGGCAGGAGGACUCGUUUCGUAACUUUUUGCCCAAAACCGCAGGGGGACUAUUUUUUUUCUCAGACUUUCCGAUGCGAUACCCGAUAAAACGGCCGAUACGGGUAAUCGAACAUCAAUCUCCAGAUAAAAUCCUCGUUGAUCACUUUCCCCGUGAACCGUGAAGUGUUCCCGUCGAACGAAGAGUCGAGGAGAGGACCUCGUAAACCACGCUGCAUUCCCAAAUGAGACAUAAAAAGCAAAGUGAUGGCCUCCUAAUUCCCCUCCAUCGGCUCUCUCUCCCCACCCCCCGUGUCGUCCAUUUAUAGAUAUCGCCGUCGGGCUUUCUAAUCUUUUUGAAAAGAUUGUGUGUGACAGCUACUGAUAGCGGAAAAUGGCCGCCUCAGUAUCGGCAACACCUUGGAACGGGGCUUUGCUCGUAAUAAAUCGUCUAUCAUCUCGUUGAAAAGGGCACUUUUCGAGAGCGGAAGUUAUCGCGAGCCGCGUGUCACGCACCUGUACGUAGAUGCCGCCUAUCGGCUCGUAUCGCCACCUAGAGACCAGAAAAAUUUUGUGUCUCUUGCCUGUGUGUGCCCUCGGGGCUCCCAGCUGAUAGUGCACGGGAGGAAUCUCCGACCUUGGCAUGGAGAACCGGAACAUCCAGGAUUUGGUGGCUGGGAAGGACGUCAUCGUCAGGGGGGUCCACUCCGCCUCGACCGAGGAUGCCGACCUGAGCAUCGGGGCCGGCGGGGCGGGCGGGUCCGUCCUGGGCCUGCCUGGGUCAGGGGUCACCGGAGUCUUGUCGCAACAUUGCGCGAUCUGCGGCGACAGGGCUACCGGGAAGCAUUACGGAGCUGCCUCCUGCGACGGAUGCAAGGGGUUCUUCAGGCGGUCCGUCAGGAAAAAUCACCUGUACACCUGCAGGUUCAGUCGAAACUGCGUGGUGGACAAGGACAAGAGGAACCAGUGUCGCUACUGCAGACUGAGGAAGUGCUUCAAGGCCGGCAUGAAGAAGGAAGCCGUGCAGAACGAGAGGGAUCGCAUCAGCUGCAGGAGGCCCAGCUACGAGGAGCAGGCCAAUAACGGCGGAGGUCUGUCGGUGGUUUCCCUGUUGCAGGCCGAAAUGCUCAGCAGGCAGGUCGGGGCUGCCUUAGAGCUAGGAAGUCCGAACGGCGACACCGACCUCAGUACCAAGCAGAUAGCCAACAUCAACGACGUCUGCGACAGCAUGAAGCAGCAACUGUUGAUUCUGGUCGAGUGGGCCAAAUAUAUUCCGGCUUUCAGCGAGCUGACGUUGGACGACCAGGUGGCCUUAUUAAGGGCGCACGCCGGCGAGCACUUGCUGCUCGGCGUGGCAAGGCGCAGUAUGCACAUUAAGGACGUCCUUCUGCUGGGCAACAACUGCAUCAUCACGAAAAAUUGUCCCGUGAUAUCGUUGUCCGCAGAGGGCCGCAACCAGGACCUCGACAUCAGCAGGGUGGGCGUCCGGGUGAUGGACGAGCUAGUGAAGCCGCUGAACGAGGUGCAGAUCGACGACACGGAGUUCGCGUGUCUCAAGGCCAUCGUCUUCUUCGACCCGAACGCGAAAGGCCUGAGCGAGCCGUCGAGGAUCAAGCACCUGCGCUACCAGAUCCAGAUCAACCUGGAGGACUACAUCAGCGACCGCCAGUACGACAGCCGAGGUCGCUUCGGGGAGAUCCUGCUGACCCUGCCGGCCCUGCAGUCCAUCUCCUGGCAGAUGAUCGAGCAAAUCCAGUUCGUCCGGCUCUUCGGGGUCGCCCACAUAGACAACCUGCUCCAGGAGAUGCUGCUGGGCGGCGCGACGACCGAGGUGAACGGCUCGGCCACCUCGAUCCCGAUCUCCAACGCGCCCGGAAGCUACGUCAGCAGCAACGAGAGCCCCAGCAGCCCGCUCACCCCCGCCAAUGCGGGUCCCCUGAGCCCCCAGGACCACAUGCUGGGCGCCGGGAGCCCCGUCAUGAUCCUGAGGGACCUCACGCCCAUCACCGCCCAGGAGAGCUCGGUCUCCGUCACCGGGUUCAGGCUCUUCAAGCAGGAGCCCAGCCUGGAGACCGAGCCCACCUUCUGACUAGAAGACGAAUUGCCUGUUCCCAUGGCGGAACUCGACUGCUGAUCGCCGAGUUCCGCCCGUCCGGAGGACCUACCUUCCAGGGAACAAGUAAUUCGUCCUGCCUGCGCGUUUUCCCUCGAUACGCGGCUCUUCCCCGCGGAAGGACAGAGAGGAAUCUAAACGAACCGUAGAAUUUCUCGAGUCUCCGUUGCGUAAAAGGAAAAAAAAAAAGAAACAGAGACGAACGAGAAUUCAUCUGUCCGUUUGAUGUUAACCCAUUAGCGUGAUCGAUGCCUCUGGCUUGCCCAAAAUUAAAAUCUUCCAAGGACGGGCGUUUAAUAUCGCGCCCGUAAUAGCGAUACGUCAAUAUGAAAAACGCGAGCUCGAGUCGUUGGGCAAGAGCCUGAAAAAUGACGGAGACUCUUUCGUUUGCUCCGUUCGCGUAAUCGACGGUUUGGAAAGGAAUCUACCUCUCGGAAAGCCUAGAUUUGAUGUCGGGGCCACGACCGGUAGCCCCGAAGAAGGCCCCGGAAGGCAAGAGCGAGUUUUGGCAAUCAAAGUCCAAUUUGGGGAGUCCCGAAUUGAACGAGCCCUGGGCCCACCGGAAUCUAAUCUCAACGCUAAUGCGACGGUCGUUACCCGGCAAUUAUUUCAUAAUUUCCUGCCCCCUAAUUAAGAUGUCGCGUGACGAUAAGAUUGCGCAACUAUUACGUUAACGGGUACGAAUUUUCGUCGAGCAGGAAUCGAUCCUCGCUUCAUUUCUGGAAAAAAUCGUUCGACGUAGGCACGGAAAAGAACCUUUUCGCGAAAAUUCGGACACACUGAUAAAAAUCUAUGGAAAUUUACAUACAUUUUUUACACCCUUCGUAACUUAAGUUUCACGUAGGAAAACGUUAAAUGGAAGAAUUACAAAUUGGAAAAUGGAUAAAUACCCCUCACAUUGUAUAUUCAUCGUAUUGGUGCAUUUUUACUCCAAUUGAAUGCAACAUUAUGUUAUAAUUUUCUAUAAUUUAACUCAAAUACCGAAUGUAAUAUUACAGAGACAAUGUAAUUUUACAGCAAAUCAACGUGGCAUCAAAAUAACUAGUGAUUGAGUAUGUAAAUUCUCAUGGGCAUUUUUAUCAGUGCACGCGGAACGCUCGAACGUCGGCUCAACCGCGAUGACAAUAAUUAGAAGUAACGUUAAGUAAUGCGCCGUUAGCACGUAAGGAGCACUAAGUUUUUAAUUGUACAUACGAAACCGUGAAUUCGCCAUCAAUUGAACAACAAUAGCCGUUCACGAAGGUUCUCCUUUCCGUCGAUGAAAUUCACAGGCAUGAGUCGUAUCCAGAUAACGUGUAGAAUUAUUUAUUGAUACGCGGAAGAAAAUCACAUUUUCGGGACUACCAUACGGCGAUGUUACGUGUUUUAUUUCUUUCUUUAUAUAUUCGUAUGUGCAUAGAUAAACAUAUUUAAGGUACACCACAUUCCGAGAUGAGCGACGUCGAAUGUACUGUAUAUAUACAUAUACAUAUACAUAUACAUAUACAUAUUAUUUGAUAGCAAAAAGCGCACGCUUAAGAUGGAUGCGUUUUUUGAUAUCGUACGCCAUUGCAAUGCAAUUUAAUUACGUAGCACCGAGAUAAGGGGUGCUUUGCACAUCGGACGGGAAAUGCUGUCCGUUGCCGUUAGUACGUAAAUCUUAGCGAGAUGACUUUAACGUAACUUUACGUGACCGGAUACUAAGCAAUAGUACGAGAGUAACGAGUCCUUUGUCAAUUAAACAAACAUGAUAUUAAGACGUGCAAUUUCCCGGAGAUGGUUGCGAGGUGCAGCGCUGCAGCAGGAACGAAGGAAUAUACCAUGAUUAAAAUAUACCGUUAAGGAUAAUUAAAUUUUAAAUAUUCGACAAGAAUUUGCGAGCUGUACGGUGGGCUUUGUGAUCUCUCCGGGAUGUAACUGAUAGUUUUGCUCAAUUCUUGAGAAAGGGAUGUACACUGUCAAAAGGUACGAACCUUUACUUCCGAAAGUGCCUCGACGUAUGUUUUUAUGUCUAGCGCAUUACUUUUUCCGAUACCGGCGAGGAUUUCUUCUAAAGUGAAGUACAUUAAAUUGUGCCAACUGUAGAAACAGUGAAUAUCGAGACACAAAUACAAGAAAGGUGCCGAGAAUCGAAAUGCAUCGCGCGAGAAAAUGCGGACGUAAGCUACCAUCGUAAUAAUCGUCCAAUUAAGUAUUGAAUAUUUUACCGCAUAGACGCUAUCCAUAACCUUUCGACUUUCAGUAGGGUAUAUCGAGUAAGCAUAAAUUUUGUAUUUUUUUAUGAGAAGAUUUUAUAAACUUACGCCGUCGACGUAAGACUCAAAGGCUUGUACAUAAAACAGCUUUACUUUUACGCGAUAUAUUGCAUCGGAGAGGGAAAGUUUUAUCUGGACAGACGUCCUGAGCUCGUUUGGUAAAUUAGUAAUUUUUAUUGCGUUUCAGUAAUUUAUCUUAACAUUAUUAUUUAGUCGUGGGUUGUGAACUAGACGUUACCGUUGCCUGUUGUCUGACUUUCUUUUGUCUUCUUUUAUUUUAUUUUUUAUUUUUUUUUUAAUGAAAACGUUGUUGACAGUUCCAAUAUGACUGACUUUGUGAAAAAGUCGUAAAGCAUUUUCAACUCGUUAUUUAAUAAUUAUUACUUACUCGUUUGUAUGUUUAAUAAAGGGAUAUGUGAUUAA